AUGCUAGCGAACAGCCCCUUUGCUGGCACAAAACGUGGGACAGUUCAAAGAGGUCGGAAGUGGAACGAAAUCUCUGAGCGCCUUUUGCAAGCAGAAGCCCCCAAAUUUAAGGUUGACCAGAGAGGUGUUAGAGAAAGGUAUGGUCUACUUGCCAAAGCAUACAGGAGGAAAAUUAGAGGGAGGAAAGAGCAAGUGGGAUUAGCACCCCAGAAUUGACAGAGGUAGAGCAAGCCCUGGAAGACCUCAUUGUGAGAGAAGAUGAGGCUGAUCGAGACCAACAGGAGACAGCAGCACAAAAGAGGAAGGUAAAGGAAGAUAAGAAAGAUGCUGAGGAAGUGAGAAAGAGGGCAAUGGAGAGGCUGGGAGACAGAAUGAAAAGAAGUGAGAUUGAAGGAAAGGGAAGAAAAGAAGAUCAAGUGGAAACAACACCCUGGAGUAUCUAA